AUGACCCAGAAGAAAAAGUUCAUAAACGGAGGGCUAAAACCACAGAUCUUGCCCACGAAACACAACAGCGCGGCAACGAGGGCGAAAGAAGAUGAAGUUGUAUCUCUCCUCACAGAAGGCGAAGCAGAAGAUACAGUCUGUGGAUUAGGAUCCUGUAAGCCCACGUGGUUGCAGUUGCUGGCCCGCAAAGAGUGUUACUUGUUGGUCUACUGCGGAAUAGCGCUAAUGCAGGGCAUGUUCUUCACCUACACCGUCUCCGUUAUCUCUACAAUCGAGAAAAGGUUCAAGCUCACAAGCAAGGAGUCGGGUGCCUUCCUCUCGGGAAACGACAUAUCCCAGGUCAUCUUAGCCAUGUUCCUGGGCUAUUACGGCAACUUCGGCCACCGACCACGCUGGAUGGGCGUGGGCGUGAUGUUCGCAGCAAUAUCAUGCUUCAUGGCGCUCCUCCCUCACCUCCUGUACGGGCCCGGCCAGGAGGCUAUAGAUCUCGCUGAGGCUUCGAGCUCGGCCGCAACCUCACUCCUGGCAAAUGUUUCGAGCGUUGCGACUCAGAAAAGUAGAAAGAACGAUCUCUGUUUCUCGCCGUACGAGAGCACGUGUACCGGCGAGGACGCGGGAAAUUAUUCUUAUUAUGGCGCGGUUGUCAUCUUCUUCAUCUCGCAGUUCUUCGUGGGCAUCGCCAUCAGCGUGUUCUUCACCAUCGGAGUCACGUAUCUCGAUGACAACAUCAGCAAGAAGACCUACCCCAUAUAUUACGCGGCUACAUUGCUUCUGAGGAUCCUGGGCCCGGUGCUCGGCUACCUCAUGGGUGGGAAUUUCCUCUCCAUGUGGAUCGACCCGACGAAGAAGCCGAACCUGACGCGGCGGGACCCACGGUGGCUCGGAGCCUGGUGGCUGGGAUUCCUAGUGUUGGGCUGUGUGUUGGUGGUGCUGGGGAAUCUUUUGUUCCUGUUCCCACGGAAAUUACCCGCGACACUGCGACGGGAAGCGAGGGCCAUCCUCAAGCAGGCACAGAAGGACUCCGAAGAAGGAGAGAACCGAGGAGUGGAAUUCUUCGUCAAAAAGGCCAAGGCUAAGAAAGUGGAAAGGAAACCCACGCUUGCAAAUCUUAAGAAGGCCCUAAAGCGAAUAUUCACCAACAAAAUCUGGAUCGCGAAUCUCUUCAACACCACCACCUACAUCCUCGCCGUCUCGGGCUACUGGAGCUUCAAGCCCAAGUACCUCGAGAACCAGUUUAGGAAGAGCGCCGCGGAAGCCAACUACUACACGGGCGUCACGAGUCUGGCGUCCGUGAUCAUCGGCACUGGUCUCGGCGGAGCGGUGAUGAGAUGGGCCAGACCGAGUCCCAGGUUCGUCACAGGAUACAAUAUCUUCGUCACGCUGUUUGUGUGCGCUGGCUUCGCUUCCCUUAUGUUCAUCGGCUGUCCCAAAUUAAAGGUUGUCGGUCCCGUUGAAGGGUCGCCAUUACCCGGGUGUUCGUCCAACUGCGGGUGUUCGGACAGAUUCUCGCCCAUGUGUUCCGAGGAUCAAACUACACUCUUCUACUCUCCUUGCUACGCUGGCUGUACAGCAAUCGACACCUCCGUUAGUCCAAUCGUUUAUAGUAACUGCAGCUGCAUCGCGAACACAACGAACCCUUUUACGGCUUCACAUAAUGCAACGGGAGACACGAGCGCCGUGCCGUUCGGGAGCGGGGUGAGCGGCUACUGCCCCGAGCCCUGUGACUCCUUCUUCUAUUACCUCAUCAUCAAGAUCAUCAUCAGCACCGUCACAGCCACCGGCAGAGUAGGCAGCAGUGUCAUCAAUCUACGCUGUGUCGAGGAUGAAGACAAAGGCUUGGCCCUCGGGGUAGUGACUGUCUUCAUCAGCCUCUUCGGUCUCAUCCCUUCACCCAUAAUGCUGGGCGCCGUAAUAGACUCAGCGUGCCUCGUGUGGGAUACGUCGUGUGGAAUGACAGGAAACUGCUGGCUGUAUGACUCCGAUGCUUUCAGAACUAUACUGCACUUAGUUCCUGCCGUGAUCGUCUUCAUCUCUGUGUUCGGUGACAUCGUCGUGUUCCACUACAGUCGUCAGCUGGACCUGUACGGCGAGAGGGAGGAGGAAGUGCAACUGGAAGACCUCAAGGACCAGACUGAGGAAUCGAAACCUUUGAAUGCGACGAAGGGGGACGGCGGUUUCGAGAUGGGUCUGCAGUGA